AUGCAAUGGUUGCUAAGGAGUGGUUACUAUCAUCUGCUCGGUGACCUGCUCGCACGUGGUACUCAUCUAAGUUGGACACAAAAUGAUGAUCACUUGUUACCAAUGCAUUUGAAAGUAACAGUAGAAGAAGAAGACAUUAAUAAUCAAAAUAAUAAUCAAAAUCAAAAUAAUCAAAAUAAUAAUAAUAAUAAUAAUAAUAAUUUGGAAUUGAUAAAGUUGAUUGUUGGAAUGAUGCAUAAAUGGGCAAUCAAAUCUAAAAACUAUGAAAGGAUAAGAGAUAUGUUGGGAUGGAGUUUAAAACACGAUAACUUUACAUGGUAUAAAUUAAUACAAACGAGUCUUAAUCAAGACGAACAAUACGUAUCUAAAUACGGUAAAGGGUAUGGUCUUGAGACCAUUCAAUUGUCACUAGGUGCAAAACAUAUACCUACCAAAUCAUGUAUCCCACUUUGGAAAUGGGCCAAAGAAAAUAAUGAAAUACCAAAAGGAUUUAGAUUUACAUUUGACGAAACUAUUAGUGCUCUGCUAUGUGAUGACGAGCAAGUUCAUCAACUCUUUGCUCCACACUAUCCAGUGGUUGUACCACCAGAGGUAUACUGUCUAUCUUUAGACUGCUUCCAAGUCACGACCAAGGACUGUCCACAAAGUGUGAUUAGUGGAACUAUCUUUGACAAAUGCUUGGAUAGGUAUUUGGGUCAUGCCGGCGGAACUACUUUUGUUAAAUUCUUAUUAUUUCAAAAGAUAGGAUUAGCUGCUUUCAAAGCAGAGUACUCUGUCAUUAUAAAUGAAUUAAAAGGAUAUGGAAUACAACAACAACAACAGACGUCAUCAUCAUCAACAUCGGAAGAAGACUAUAAUAAUAGUAUUGGAUACUUGGUAUUCAAAAGGUUGAAACCAUAUACACCUGCUGGAUUCUAUGGAUACAAGUUACUUACAUGGAUAUACGAAGUUUUGGUUGCGAGUGGCAAAGCGCAAUUAGUUGAACUUGCCUACCAGGUCGAACUAAAGGGUGGUGAUACAAUUAUUCUAAAGGAUAUAGCGGCAAAGGUAUUUGGGAUGGGGUCACUCGAACAAAUCAAGUAUGUCAUGGACCAAUACAAUGUCGUUGAGUUGUACCAUAUAUCAGGAUCAGUUCAGCACCCUAUCCUAAGGCUCAAAGCAACUCAUAAUCGAUCAUCAAUUGAUACAGAUAAAUGGUGUUGGGAUAUGGCAACUCUUCCCAUUGAAUCAAUUGAAACUAUUCUUUGGGAUGCCACCCAAAACAAAAAAGAACGACCUCUAUUAUGGAGAGGGUUGUUUUAUAGUCUAUUACUACAAGACAAAUCAAAAGAAGCUAGAAUCUUGCUCGACAAGUGUUCAAAGAUUAUCAGUGGUCCCGGUGACUGCCGUGACCAAUUGAAAGUGUUCCCACAUUCAAUGAUACGAAACUAUCAACUUGUCGAGAAGCAUAUCAAACCCCCCGAGCCUGGCUCAUCACAUGCCCACAUUGUACCAAGAUUAGAAAUAGCAAGUGCCAUCAUUACAAAUGAUUUAAAUCAUCUCAACCAUAUAAUCUCACAACCAUCAUUCAACAAGGAAUAUAUCGUUACAAAUCACCUAGACUUGGCAAUUAGAUGCGAAGCAUUGGAUAUUAUAGAAUGGCUUUUUGUCAAAGGGUUUAUCAAACCAAACUAUUCUAUUUUAUGUAUAUGGGAGAGUGUAGCUAAAAUAGGUUCAGUCAUAUUGUUUGAAACAUUGGUUCGUUGCAUUAAAACUAUCCAUUCAAGCACAAAUGGAGAAGAGAGUGAUCUCGAUAAUAUAAUUGAUUAUGUAAAUGUAAUGCAAACUAAUUUAUUCCAUGGUACUUUUAAACUUGCUCAACAUAUUAAUAUUACUUACAACUGUCUUCAUCUUGAAAAUUAUGAAUCUCUAACAAUCGAUGAUUUAAUUUUGUAUUUUUUAGAUCAUCAAUAA